UUUAUUCCCCUUAGAAGAAGUCAUAUCUCUUGGGCCAUCUCGUGCAUCCUUCUCCUGCUACACAUUUGGCCUCCACUGGAAAGAAUUCUUGCCCUCGAAUCCCAUUGUCAGAUGAAAAUGUCUAACAUAGGAUAUGAGAAACCCUCAAAGAUUGAUGAGAAGCACAUGCACCUUCACCUGAAGAAACCUUCAAAGAUAUCUGUGCUGGAAACAGACUUGGAAGCAAUAGACAAGAAAAAUACUUCAUCAUCCUUAAAUAGUUCACCAAGGCUACAAAGUGCAUGGACAAAACCAUCAAGAGAAAGGUGGAAUUGCCUUUGCGCUCCUACCACACAUGCAGGCUCAUUUAGGUGCAGAUUCCACAGAACCCCUGGCAUGGUUCGUGGACAUUCUGUUGGCUCAAAUCUCUCAGAGUUAGCUGCUAAAUCAUCAAGUUCCCUUAGUGACCUGGUUUAGAAUAAUGUGAUUAGUGGAAAACAAACUUUCUUUUGAUGUCCUAAUAAUUGUAUGUA